AUGCUCUUUUUUCAGCUGGUCUAUACUUGUUUGGUGUCACAUAUUCUGUUAUUGAUUAUCGGUACAGGGCACGUUAUCAGUGCAGUGAUUGCUACUGCUGCUGAAUGUGUUUUGGAAAGUCAGUUUAAGUGUAACAACGGCAAAUGCAUCCCACUUUCGUGGCGCUGUGAUGGCGAUGAAGAUUGUCCGGAUGCGGAGGAUGAACAGAAAUGCUCUCGUGUUCCAUGCAAGCCGGACAAGGAAUUCGAAUGUGUUGGCGAUUCACCUGGUAUCCCAUUGUACACCUCAAAAAUAAGGGACUAUCCGGCACGAUGUAUCCCGAAAAAUUGGGUCUGCGACGGUGAAGCGGACUGCCGAGAUUCUUCGGACGAAAAAGGAUGCCACAAUAUAACGUGCGAGAAAGACCAGUUCGUUUGUGAGGAGUACAAAGGCCAUGCGAGGAUGUGCAUCCCGAUGUCGUGGAAAUGUGAUGGGCAGAACGAUUGCGUUGAUAUGACAUGGGUUUGCGAUGGUGAAGCGGACUGCAAAGAUCGUUCCGACGAGAUGAAUUGCACCAGUGUUACUGCUGUUAUCGGGCAUCAUCCACAUAUGGUCACCUGCCAUCACAGUUUUGUAAGUUUUCGGGAAUUUCGUUGA